GCCUCGCCGCCGCGCGUGGGUGAAGCUGGCCCGAGCCCUCGAUUGCGCCGCCGCCGUCCGCACUCCGGGGUCAGAGCCCCAGAAGCUCGAGCUCCGGGCUGCCUGUGUACUCCGAGCCGAGGCACUGAUGUUUGGACUGGAAGCUUCCGGACUUCGGGAGCUCCGAGUGCCUUCAGAAUCCUGCCCCAGCAUGCAUCUGCCCCGUCGGGCUUUUCCUGGGGAGCAGCUGGGAGAGGCCACCGCGUAGACAGCCACGCCGAGGCUCCCGGUACCACACCGCGGCAGUGACUUCUCCGGUAGAGUCCUGUCUCGUGUGCUCACCGAGUUCUAAGGCACGGAGAGGUAUUUGGAACUGAAGAUUUGGCAAGGAAGAGAAAAGACGCGUUCGUGCUGGACACAAACUACGUGGCCGUGUGACAGAAGACUCAAAAAGCUGCUACAUCGGAGUCACCGGACUUGGGGGACCGCGGGGCGACGGAAGUGACCCUGGAGAACAGGGAUGAGGGCCCCUGGGGAAUAGAUGGCCGCCACCCCGGCCGCGGAGACAAAGGCGAACUCCUGGUGGAAUUACUUUUUUCUUUACGAUGGUUCCAAGGUGAAGGAAGAAGGCGAUCCGACGAGAGCUGGCAUCUGUUACUUCUAUCCCUCGCAGACCCUGCUCGACCAACAGGAGUUGCUCUGCGGGCAGAUUGCCGGCGUUGUCCGCUGCGUCUCCGACAUUUCCGGCUCUCCUCCGGCCCUCGUUCGUCUGCGGAAGCUGAAGUUUGCCGUGAAGGUUGACGGGGAUCACCUCUGGGUGCUGGGCUGCGCCGUGGAGCUCCCGGAUGUCAGCUGCCAGCGGUUUCUGGAUCAGCUCAUUGGAUUCUUUCACUUUUACCAUGGCCCCGUUGCCCUGGCUUACCAGAACUGCUCUCGGGAUGAGCUGAGCCUGGCCUGGGAUUCCUUCAUCGAGCAGAUCCUGCACAACACCAGCGACCUGCACAAGAUCUUCAAUUCCCUCUGGAACUUGGACCGAACCAAAGUGGAGCCCCUGCUGUUGCUGAAGGCAGCGCUCAUCCUGCAGACCUGCCAGCGCGCACCUCACAUCCUGGCUGGCUGCAUCCUCUAUAAAGGACUGAUCGUCAGCACCCAGCUGCCGCCCUCCAUCACUGCCAAGGUCCUGCUGCAGAGCGCCGCACCCCGGGAGCAGAGACUGCCUGCAGUGAGGGACGCCCCGCCGGCAUCAGGAGCAGCGCUGCCCGCCAGCGUCCGCGUCAUCCCUGUGUUCCUGACCGGAGAGGAAGCCGCGAGUCUCCGUGAGUUCCCGGUAGAGCGGAGCACUGGCCCUCCUGCGCCUCCAGCCAGGCUCCGGGACGGCUCAGCCCAGCGCCCUCCCCAGCCCGACAGCACAUCUUCUCCUGGGCGUGUGGGAUCUGUGGCCUGGCCGCUGGCCACCACCCUGCAGCCCCCAUCCACUGAUGAAGCUCGGCCAGACGUCCAGGGGGAGAACGGGCACCCAUGGAACCUGGGGCCUGCGGGACUGCACGGCACUGCCCGGGGCCGGGGGCCCGGCCUCAGCUGCUCCCCGGAGAAGGCACUGGACUUGUCUGAAAUCCACAUUCCAGGGGCUCAGGAAACAGGGACCGCCCCGGGUCACUUCGCCGUCCCCCCUGUGUGUGCCCCAGACAGCGGAGUGCCUCGUCCCCAGGAAUCCGGCAGCAAGUCCGGUGACCUGGCACCCACGCCGCCCGAGGACACAGCCGCUGGCCGCUUUCUCCCCCCACCUCCUCCCGAGGCACUCACCCUGAACGGAGCCUUGGAGCAGCGUGAGGACCGCCCAGGCGACAGCGGCCCUCUCCCCAGGAGGAGCAGCUGGCCCUCAUCUCUGCCCUGCCCAGACGGCAGGCGGAGAGGAAGUGCGCCUCCCGGGAGGGAACGAGGCUGGGGCGAGGCCCUGGACGGCACCCACGAGUGCCCCCCCACGCCUGGUCUGCAGUGCGAAUCAGGCCCCGGCCCCGCCGACGAGAUCGACUCCAGCCUGCCCCCAGCAGGGCCCUGCGUGGGACUCGUGCGGAUGAACCUGUACACGCACAGCGUGAAAGGGCUGGUGCUGUCCCUGCUGGCCGAGGAGCCGCUGCUGGCCGACGGCGCGGCCAUCGAGGAGGUGUACCACAGCAGCCUGGCGUCGCUGAACGGGCUGGAGGUGCACCUGCAGGAGACGCUGCCUGCGGACGAGGCCGGCCCCGCCAGCAGCACCUACAACUUCACGCACUACGACCGCGUCCAGAACAUGCUGACAGCGAACCUGCCGCAGGUGGCCACCGCCCAGGACCGCCGCUUCCUCCAGGCCGUCAGCCUGAUGCACUCUGACUUCGCCCAGCUGCCUGCGCUGUACGAGAUGACUGUCAGGAACGCCUCCACGGCAGUGUACGCCUGCUGCAACCCCGCCCAGGAGACCUACUUCCAGCAGCUGGUGUCCGCCGCGCCCAGCUCGGGCUUCCCCAACCCCCAGGACGGCGCCUUCAGCCUCUCUGGCAAAGCCAAGCAGAAGCUGCUGCGGCACGGGGUGAACCUGCUCUGAGCGGCGCUCCGGGCGGGGGCCGUGCUGCAAGAGUCCCUCUCAGGGACUCGGUGACACCGCAGGCUCUUCCUCGCUCCCGCAGAUGGGGCUGUGGGGUGGGGCCGUGUACCCCGCACCAGAUAGAGAACUUGGUCAGACUGGCGGGGCUGGGGCUGAGGUGGGUGCUGGGCUGCAUGUCCCCAAGAGACCCAGGGUCCGGUAGUGUCCCCGCUCUGCUGAGCCCGAGGGAUUGCUGUUCUCCCUCACCGUUCCCUCCUAGCCUGCACGGGUGCCGCACAAUUUCAGGCUGCCAGAAACCGGUGCCAUAGGAGGGCCAAGGGCUGUGAUGGCCAGGCCCCUGUCUGGGACAUGGGCUGUGCGGCUCGUCCCCCCUGAGCUGUGGCCCCAGGCAGGAGUCUUCAGGAGACUGCCCUUCCUUGGUGGGCAGCCAUGUGGACUGCGGGCUUCCGCCCUUGGGCAUCACUGGACGAAAACGUUUAACAGAACAUUCCAGAACGUUGGAGGGCAGCGGGCGGGUGGCCGCUGCGGGGUCACCAGUGUCGUCUCCGGGAACAGGCAUCUCAUGUUGGCGUGCUGUCUUGUCUACAAGCAGUCGCCAAGGGCUACAACCGAAACCAGUGAAAAUGCCUUUGCUGCUCGUGCCGAGGUCACGCUGAGCUCUGAGCACUAAGAGGUCCCAGGAGCAACACGGUGUGAACCUGCACGUGUUUUUGAAGGGUGGGGAUUUAUAGCCAUUGGAAAAUUGAUAGGUGAAAUGCGAGUAUAGAAAUGCCAGAGGAAUUCAGAAAAGGGUCUCAGAUAAGGCGUACAAUCCAUGGAGAGAACGGGCUAUUUCACUGUUUGCCCCCACGGAGUACACACAGAUCUAGUCUGAAACAGUAACGGGGGCCAGCACUGUGGCGUAGCGGGUAAAACUGCCGCCUGCAGUGCCAGCGUCCCAUGUGGGCGCUGGUUCGAGUUUGGGCUGCUCCGCUUCUGAUCCAGCUCCCUGCUGUGGCCUGGGAAAGCAGUAGAAGAUGGCCCAAGUCCUGCACCCACAUGGGAGACCUAGAAGAAGCUCUUGGCUCCUGGCUCCGGAUCGGCACAGCUCUGGGCAUUGUGGCCAUUUGAGGAGUGAACCAGCAGAUGGAAGACCUCUCUCUCUCUGCUUCUCUCUCUGUGUAACUCUUGACUUUCAAAUAAAUAAAUCUUUUUAAAAAAUAAAACACAGUAACAUCUGUCGACCCACAUGCAUGUGCACCGAAGGUGGAGACGCGGGAGCCACUCGGGUACCUGGGCUCCACACCUGGCUCCACUGCUCGCUCCAGGAGCUGCAACUGCACCGUGGGAGGCCAUGGGGACAGCCGGGUCACUGGGUUCCUGCUGCCCUGUGAGAGACCUGGGGUGAGCGCCAGGCUGAGCUGCCCCAGUCAUAGGCAUCUGGGGAAUGAAGCAGUGGGCGGGUUCUCUCCCCCACCCCUCCUCCUCCUCUCUCUCUCCGUCAUUCCCUAACUCUGCCUCUCAAAUACAGAAAUCUUUUAAAAUUGAGAGGCAGAGUUAUGGGGGUGGGGGAGGGGGAUAGAGAGCAUCUCCAUCUGUGAGUUCACUCCCCACAAGGCUGCGUGAGUGCGGCUGGACCAGGCCGAAGCCUGGCGCUCCAUCCAGGUUCCCCAUGUGGGCGCAGGGGCCCAGGGACUUGGGUCGUUUGCUGCUGCUUUCCCAGGAGCACACAAGGCUAUGGAAACAGGCCGAAAAGAACGAAGAGAAAGCAAAUUCACAGAGGUCCUCGUGAACCCAUGGACUCCUGGUCUGAGCCUGAUAAAGACUUCAUUUCUCAAAAAAAAAAAAAAGUGGGGCAGCAGGGACUUGAACAGGCACCCACAUGGGAUGCUGUUGCAGGCAGCAGCUUAACCCACCGUGCACAACACCAGCCCCUCGAAUAUAUUCUUAAAACAUUUAUUACAUACAAUCAACCAGCAUAUACUGGGGCUGACAACUUCCUAGCCACCUCCUGUCGCUGUUCUGGUGAUUGCACACGUUGCCAUAUCCACGCCACACGCCGUCGCGGUCGCACAGCUCCACGUGAGCGCUUCCUCUAGUCCAUCGCUCUCGUGGCCGGCUGGUGGUUUUCACCAUAUAUAAUGUGUGGAACGCAGAAUACCUGCCAGUCCACUCUGACCAGUGAGGCGUCCAGUCACUGCAGGCUCUUAGCAGCUGAGGUUUGGGGGACUCAACCAUUGUAUAUGGAUCCUAACCACCGCUUGUUCAGGGGUCAGCUGUGUGUACACAUGUGUCCACACAUGUCUUCACACGGGCACAUUUCUCUUUGCCCACCCUGGUUUGGCUGGGCGAGGAUCCAAGCUCUCCAGGAGGCACCAUGUGUCGGGGUGCGGGGCGGCAGCCCACUGCUUCUGCGUGGCUGGUCCUGGACACUGGUCCCUCCUGCUGCUGUGACGCCCAGACAGGAGGAGCUGCCCAAAGCCAGGGUGGACCUGGGUGGUCCUAGUCCCUUGCUACAUUCCCCAGGAAGCGCCCCGCCAGCUCCUGGGCCAGCCUCAGGGCCCUCGGCGUGGCACACAGAGAUGGAACGCCUCUGUCGUGGGCACGGCUACGCAGCCACACGGAGCGGCGUCACAAUUCCCCACCACCAGCACCACGAACCUCAUGAGGUUGCAGCCGGUCACGUGCUGGGGGCCCCCUGCCGCGGGGGCCGCACCUAGCCGUCCAUGUUCAAGGACUUCCAAGCAAGCUCGGUUGGACCAGGAAGCCACCUUUGCCCUUUCCUGGACGGCCGAGCCACGGGCAGCUUUGCUUUGUUUUCAGAAACCUCUCUGAACGCCACAGGGCUGCUUUUGAACCUAAAAAUGCUUUGACUACAAAAAUGAUUUUGUCUCUAAGAAUGACUGCUGUGGGCAGCCCGGUGCUCCCCCCUUUAAGGCUUGUACCCCAACUUAGAACUUGCCAGGCAAACAGGAACCUGUGGUAAGGGCGGCAGGAUGGGAUGUCCCCCAGACUGCCAC